AUGAAGAGAUUUUGUCGAGCUGUCGUAGAGGUUUUUGGCGAUCAGUAUUUGAGAUCACCAACAGCUAACGAUGUUGCAAGGCUUCUGUACGUCGGUGAAAUACGUGGUUUUCCAGGAAUGCUAGGCAGUUUAGAUUACAUGCAUUGGAGAUGGAAAAAUUGUCCAACAGCAUGGGCUGGACAAUAUGCAGGUCGUAGUGGAUCCCCAACAAUUAUUCUUGAAGAUGUAGCUGAUUACGACCUUUGGAUAUGGCAUGCAUAUUUUGCCCGUUAUGUUAUUCAAGGAAAAGAAUAUGACAUCGGUUAUUAUUUAGCUGGCGGUAUAUAUCCAAAAUGGUCUACUAUUGUGCAAACUAUUCGGGAGCCACGUUCAGCAAAGAAGAAAUAUUUUGCAAUGAAACAAGAAUCAUGUCGAAAAGAUGUUGAAUGUGCAUUCGGAGUUUUGCAAUCUCGUUUUGCAAUUGUUGCAGCUCCGUUACGUUUUUGGAGAAAAGAGGUGUUACACGAUAUAAUGACCACAUGUAUUAUACUGCACAACAUGAUAAUUGAGGACGAGCAUGAUCUUAAUGCACCAAUUCAAGAUGCACGUGAAUGUCCAGCUCCUACGGUAGAAAUGACAGUAGAUGAAGAUCACCGAUUUGAACAAUUUUUAGCUCGACACAAAAAAAUUAAGGAUAAAGAUGCGUAUUUCGCACUUCGUAAUGCAUUAAUCGAGCAUUUAUGGGAGAAUAGAGGAGAACGUUAA